UGUGAAUAUAUAAACUAAAUGCAGCCACGCACCGUUGUCCUGUACAAUACGCUUAAUUAUACGUCGUGUAUAGACUACAUAUAUUUCCCAAUAUCAUAGUGAACUAUUGAGUCGCUUUGAUACACUGCGAAACCGCCACAACGUGUAUCUCCGUGUCAAGCAACCAACCCUCGCGUCCUGGCAACGAACACUUGCGAAAAAACAAUUCCAAAAAAAUCUCUUAAAAACGCCAGAGAUAAAAGACUUCUACUGGAAUACUUGACCCAAGACAUGGAGUCCGAUCAAACACCUAGCCCUGCGCAGCAUGGCAUAGACCAGACCACGGAAACAGUUACAACAACGCCACCAGCUCCAGUACAGGAGCCUCCCAAAUCAUGGGACGUCGAAGCAAAAAAGCCUGAAGACGAAACGUCUAGAUCCAAUCUCGAAACCGCCCUCGUCAUCGUCGCGCUCUGCCUGGCCCUCUUUCUCGCGGCCCUCGACACCACCAUCGUCACCACCGCUAUUCCUACCAUUGCCCACGAGUUCCAGUCCUCAGCCGGCUAUGUCUGGGUAGGCAGCGCAUACCUCCUCGGUAAUGCCAGCUUUGUCCCUCUCUGGGGCAAAUUAUCCGAUAUCUUUGGCCGAAAGUACACCCUCCUCGCUACCAUUGCUGUCUUCUGGGUCGGCUCGCUGCUCUGCGCCGUGAGCGUGUCCAUGCCCAUGCUGAUCGCGGCCAGAGCCAUCCAGGGCGUGGGCAGCGGAGGUGCCAUCGUGUUGCCCAACAUUUGCAUCUCCGAUCUCUUUUCUGUCCGUAAACGAAGUCUGUACUUUGCCAUCUUUGGCGGUGUAUGGGCCAUCGCUGGCGCCAUUGGGCCCGUCCUGGGUGGUGUUUUCACGACAAAGGUCACUUGGCGCUGGUGCUUCUAUGUCAACUUGCCCAUCUCUGGUCUUGCAAUCAUUAUUCUCAUCAUCUGGCUUCGCAUCCAUAACCCGCAUACCCCGCUUCGCGAGGGCUUGCUCGCGAUUGACUGGGUUGGCAGUCUGCUGAUUGUGGGUGGAACACUCAUGCUUCUUCUGGGUCUUGGUUUUGGAGGUGUCCAGUACGCUUGGGACUCUGCGACUGUCAUCUGUCUCAUUAUGUUUGGUGUGGUUACAAUGGGCAUCUUUGCAGCUUACGAAGCAAAGGUUGCCAAGUUUCCCAUUUUCCGCAUGGCUCUGCUUCGUGACAGAAGCAGUCUGGCAUCCCUUGCUGUUUGCUUCUGGCACGCUUUUACAUUCAUCGGUGGCACAUUCUGGCUCCCACUGUACUUUCAAGCCAUUCUUAGCCAGUCUUCUCUGAUGUCCGGUGUCUACUUGCUGCCCUUUGCUCUGUUUCUGUCGCUUUCGUCCGCUGUUACAGGCAUCACCAUCAACAAGACAGGGCACUACAAGAUCCAGAUCUUGAUUGGCGCCCUGCUCAUGACUCUUGGAUUUGGGCUGAUGACUGACCUUGGUGCGGAACGAAACUUUGCCAAGACGAUUGUUUUCCUAAUCAUCGCUGGACUGGGUGUUGGGCCUAUUUUUCAAGCUCCCCUCAUUGCACUUCAGUCGAAUGUGGCUCCUCGCGAUAUUGGCUCCGCGACGUCUUGCUUUGGAUUUGUCCGUCAAAUUGGAACAAGUAUGUCGGUCGUCAUUGGAGGCGUCAUCUUCAACAACCAGAUGGAAACCCAAUUUCCUACGCUGGAGAAAGAGCUCGGCAAAAAUGCAUUCGCAUUUAGCGGCGCAAAUGCCGCCGCCAAUGCCCUGGUAGCUGGUCAACUUGAAGGCCACGAAGCAACUAUUGUCCACGAAGCGUACUGGAUUUCGCUCCGUGGUCUUUUCAUCCUCUUUACAUGCACUGCUUUUAUCACAUUUUUAUUUGGGCUAGGAAUCCGCCAGAAGGAACUGAGCAAACAGCAUCAGGAGCACAAAACAGGUUUGCAAUCACUAAAGCCUGCUGAAGGCAAGGAGAAGGAGGGUGAGGUUGCAAAGUAAUAAUGGACGCCGUUUCACAAAAACUGGGAGAGAUUAGUAUAGAGAGUUUUUUGUUAUGUUUUAUUUCUGAAUUUUGUAUUAUUUGCAUAUUUUUACUCAUAGAUAUUCUCAUCUUCCAUUUAAAACGUAGCCAACACGUCUAAUACAAAAUAUCCCUACUCCAACUGCCAUUGCUAUAUACUGCACCCAAUACCAU